CAGAUAAGACUCGAGAGGAUGUGCACCACCCAUGUCAAUUCAUGUCUAGUCCAUGGAUAUUCACCGUAGGAUUUCUCUCUUUAAGCGAAAGAAGCUGGUAGUUUCACGCAGUCACACCUCUAGCAAUCAUCGGCUCACCAUUUGUGCUGCUAGGACGCACGCUCCUGAGUAUUAUAGAUAGAACCAACUGUUGCUGCAAUUUUUCGCCAAAAUAAUAGGUGAAGCUCUACUUCCAGUAAAUCAGUUCAUUCUAAUGGUGGACCCCGUGACCGGGUUAGGAAUAGGCAUGAAAGCUCUAGGGUGGGUGGCAUCGCCCAUCAUCUCCGAGCUUUUCAAGAAAUGCUCCACCUACCUCAGCUUCGACGCAUCGGAGAAGCUGCGGCAACUUGGGCCAAAACUUAUAUUGCUCGAGCGGGCGAUGGAGGUAUUUGACAAGAUCCCCGGCAGGGAUCGUCUGGAGAAGCUGUUUGAGGAUCUCAAGUCUGCUUUCUAUGAAGCUGAAGACAUCUUGGAUGAUGUUGAGUACCACUGUCUUGAGAAGGAGAUCCACAGCAUGCCUCCACGCAAGAGGGAUUGGGUGAAGAAACUCCUGCCCAGCCAAUGCUUGAAAAUUAAGGAGACUGGUAUGCCCAAAAAGGAAUUGAAGGAUAGUCUAGAGAAGAUAGAAGGAAUUAUAAACACUGCAUACAAGUUUGUUGAACAUCUCAAGUUGUUGACUGUAAGUAAUGUCCAGGGAAGCCAAGCUGUUCCUGCCAGUUCAGGUGGUUUAGCAACUACUGCGGCUCCUCCGCCAAUAGUAAUAGGCCGCGAUAAAGAGCGUGACCAGAUCAUUGCAAUGCUUCAUGAGAAGGAAGGUGAUGAUCAGCUAGACACAAACAGCAAUUUAUGUUAUUCUGUAAUAGGUAUUCAUGGCAUCGGCGGGUCUGGGAAAUCAACCCUUGCACAGUUAGUUUGUGACCAUGAGAAAAAGUACAAGCAAGAGAAAAGGGACGGCCAUUUUGACCUUGUAAUGUGGGUUCAUGUUUCUCAGAAUUUUAGUGUGGAUACUAUUUUCAAGGAGAUGUUUGAGGCAGCUACAGGGCAUUCAUGUGCUCACUUCAAUAAUCUUAAUACCCUACAAGAUAAGUUGGAGGAGAAACUACAUGGAAAAAGAUUCCUUUUAGUACUCGAUGAUAUCUGGUGUAACAUUAAGGAUGAGAGGCAGCAAGGGGAAUUGCGAAAGAUAGUUUCACCACUCAAAGCUGGAGAAGUAGGAAGCAAGGUUCUGGUGACUAGUCGAAGCGAGGAUGCAUUACUAGUUCUGGGUGCUAUAAAGCCGACAUGUAUUCCCAUACCUGAUUUGGAUGCUCAGGUCUUCCAUAGUUUGUUAAUGCAUUAUGCACUUGAAGGUGUUGUCAUAGAUGAUCAUGUUCGAAGAAGACUCAGUAUGAUUGGGGCUGACAUUGCAAAAAAGCUUAAGGGAUCACCUCUAGCAGCCAGGAUUGUGGGAAGACGGCUAGGCAGGAGACCCAAAGCUGAGUUUUGGGUAACUGUUAAAAAUGGGAAGCUUGUCGACGGGACUAUGGGAGCUCUGUGGUGGAGCUACCAACAUCUUGAUCAGCAGGCUAGGCGAUGCUUUGCUUACUGUAGUAUUUUUCCCCGAAGACGUCAAUUGUAUCUUGAUGAGUUAAUUAAAUUGUGGGUGGCAGAAGGGUUUAUAAGAACACCAAAUGAACGGGAGGAUGUAGAAGAUGUUGGUCGGGAAUACUUUGAUGAGUUAGCAUCAACCUCAUUUCUGCAAAAGGCAGGAAAGUACAAUGGCAAUGACUACUAUUUACUUCAUGAUCUUGUGUAUGAUUUAGCAGAGAUGGUCGCCGGAAGUGAUUGCUUCAGAAUCGAAAAUGGCUGGAGAUGGGAAGAACCCAAGAGAGGAGUAGGGUGGCGAGGAGAUGUUCCUCUAAGUGUCCGCUAUCUUUUUGUUCAGAAUUACGAUGCGGAAUUGAUUACCAAGAAAAUUCUUAAAUUGAAAAGUUUGCGCACUCUGAUCAUUGAUGCUAUUGAAAUGUAUACACCAGUUGAGGAAAAAGUCAUUGCGAGUAUAUUCAAGAAGCUGCAGAAACUUCGGGUACUAACCGUGGGGUGUUGUAAUAAUUGGGUAAUCAGGAAGCCCGAUGUGUUAUACAUCCCAGAAGCUAUUAUUGAGUUAAAGCAUCUACGCUAUCUUGCUUUUAGGACAAACAUGUUAUGCAGGGUAAUUUUACCAAACGCAAUGUCCAAGCUUUACCACAUGCAGCUGCUAGAUUUUGGUGAGUGCAAAAAGAUGCAAUUUUCCUACGGUGACCUUAUCAAAUUGCGGCAUGUAUUUGGCUUUUCAGGAAUGGAUAUUUCCAACAUCGGCAGGCUGACCUCACUCCAAACAAUACCAUCCUUCAUAGUAAGAAAGGAACAAGGAUAUGAAGUAAAGCAGCUGAGGGGCCUAAACAAGCUUCACGGUAGACUUAGCAUCAGCGGUCUUGAAAAUAUUGAGAGCAAGGAGGAGGCUCUUGAAGCCAAUCUAGCUGGCAAGGAGCAACUAACACAACUAGUAUUGUACUGGGGUGGUGAUACGAGUCGCAAUCCAGAAGUUCAAGCAGAGGUACUUGAAGGCCUUUGUCCUCCUGUGGGGCUUGAGACACUGCACAUUUUGGGUUAUGAAGGUUCGAAGUACCCAAAUUGGAUGGUGAGUACGCAUAGCGAAGGACCAAAUGAGCUGCAAGAACUAUGGUUGUAUGGAUGGAGCCAACAUGGACCUGCUCCUGAACUCGAGGCUUUCGCUCAUCUUUGUUCGUUGGAGCUUUGGAACUGCACCUGGUUCGCCUUACCAUGCAAUAUGAAGCACCUCAUGUCGCUCAAGAGAUUAUUGAUCGAUGCAUGCUUGAAUAUUCGGUCACUUCCAACAUUGCCCCUGUCACUCGAGGAGUUUACACUCAAGCGGUGCAACGUUGAGUUUGUGAAGUCUUGCGAGACACACGGCCAUCCAAACUGGCAAAAGAUUGAGCACGUUCCCAUGAAAAGUCUUCUAAGUCAAGGAUCUUUCCGUUCUCACGAGGAUGUAUGAUGGUCUUGUGUCAUGAAGACAGCGGAGGGAACGUUCAACGGAGAGAAUUUGUAGUGGUACAAAGCAGCGCAUGUUACCGUCCUACCAAUGCACAGUAGCACCCGCCCUAAAAAGUUUUCUAGAAAUAAUCAUCUAUGUUGACAAUAUAUAUGUUUAUCAUCUCACAAGAUUUCAGAUCUAAAUUCGAUCUACAUAUUUUAGGGAUGAUCAUAUGAACACUCAUACGGAGGAAUUGAAUUGU